GCUGGUUGCCUGCAUGAGUGUGUGCUCUGUGUCACUGUGGAUUGGAGUUGAAAAAGCUUGACUGGCGUCAUUCAGGAGCUGGAUGGCGUGGGACAUGUGCAACCAGGACUCUGUAUGGAGUGACAUCGAGUGUGCUGCUCUGGUUGGUGAAGACCAGCCUCUUUGCCCAGAUCUUCCUGAACUUGACCUUUCUGAACUAGACGUGAACGACUUGGAUACAGACAGCUUUCUGGGUGGACUCAAGUGGUGCAGUGACCAAUCAGAAAUAAUAUCCAAUCAGUACAACAAUGAGCCUUCAAACAUAUUUGAGAAGAUAGAUGAAGAGAACGAGGCGAACUUGCUAGCAGUCCUCACAGAGACACUGGACAGUCUCCCUGUGGAUGAAGACGGAUUGCCCUCAUUUGAUGCGCUGACAGAUGGAGAUGUGACCACUGAGAAUGAGGCUAGUCCUUCCUCCAUGCCUGACGGCACCCCUCCGCCUCAGGAGGCAGAAGAGACGUCUCUACUUAAGAAGCUCUUACUGGCACCAGCCAAUACUCAGCUAAGUUAUAAUGAAUGCAGUGGUCUCAGUACCCAGAACCAUGCAAACCAUAAUCACAGGAUCAGAACAAACCCUGCAGUCGUUAAGACCGAGAAUUCAUGGAGCAAUAAAGCGAGGAGCAUUUGUCAACAGCAAAAGCCACAAAGACGUCCCUGCUCGGAGCUGCUCAAGUAUCUGACCACAAAUGAUGACCCACCUCAUAUCAAACCCACAGAGAACAGGAACAGUAGCAGAGACAAAUGCACCUCCAAAAAGAAGUCCCACACACAGUCGCAGUCUCAACAUUUACAAGCCAAACCAACAACUUUAUCUCUUCCUCUGACCCCAGAGUCACCAAAUGACCCCAAGGGUUCCCCAUUUGAGAACAAGACUAUUGAACGAACCUUAAGUGUGGAACUCUCUGGAACUGCAGGCCUAACUCCGCCCACUACUCCUCCUCACAAAGCCAACCAAGAUAACCCUUUCAGGACUUCUCCAAAGCUGAAGUCCUCUUGCAAGACUGUGGGACCUCCUCCAUCAAAGAAGCCCAGGUACAGUGAGCCUCCUGGCACCCAAGGCAAUAACUCCACCAAGAAGGGGCCCGAGCAGUCUGAGUUGUACGCACAACUCAGCAAGACCUCCGUGCUCACCAGUGGACACGAGGAAAGGAAGGCCAAGCGGCCCAGCCUACGGCUGUUUGGUGACCAUGACUAUUGUCAGUCGAUUAAUUCCAAAACGGAAAUACUCAUUAAUAUAUCACAGGAGCUCCAAGACUCUAGACAACUAGAAUAUAAAGAUGCCCCCUCCGAUUGGCAGGGGCAGAUUUGUUCUUCCACAGAUUCAGACCAGUGCUACCUGAGAGAGACUCCGGGGGCGGGCAAGCAGGUCUCUCCUUGCAGCACCAGAAAACAGCUCCAAGACCAGGAAAUCCGAGCCGAGCUGAACAAGCACUUCGGUCAUCCCAGUCAAGCUGUUUUUGACGACGAAGCAGACAAGACCAGUGAACUGAGGGACAGUGAUUUCAGUAAUGAACAAUUCUCCAAACUACCUAUGUUUAUAAAUUCAGGACUAGCCAUGGAUGGCCUGUUUGAUGACAGUGAAGAUGAAAGUGAUAAACUGAACUACCCUUGGGAUGGCACACAAUCCUAUUCGUUGUUCGAUGUGUCGCCUUCUUGCUCCUCUUUUAACUCUCCGUGUAGAGAUUCCGUGUCACCACCCAAAUCCUUAUUUUCUCAAAGACCCCAAAGGAUGCGCUCUCGUUCAAGGUCCUUUUCUCGACACAGGUCGUGUUCCCGAUCACCAUAUUCCAGGUCAAGAUCAAGGUCCCCAGGCAGUAGAUCCUCUUCAAGAUCUUGCUACUACUAUGAGUCGAGCCACUGCAGACACCGCGCGCACCGAAAUUCUCCUCUGUGCGCAAGAUCACGUUCCGGGUCGCCCUACAGCCGGAGGCCCAGGUAUGACAGCUACGAGGAAUAUCAGCACGAAAGGCUGAAGAGGGAAGAAUACCGCAAAGAGUAUGAGAAGCGGGAGUCUGAAAGGGCCAAACAAAGGGAGAGGCAGAGGCAGAAGGCAAUUGAAGAACGCCGUGUGAUUUACGUUGGUAAAAUCAGACCUGACACAACACGGACGGAACUGAGGGACCGUUUUGAAGUUUUUGGUGAAAUUGAGGAGUGCACAGUAAAUCUGCGGGAUGAUGGAGACAGCUAUGGUUUCAUUACCUACCGUUAUACCUGUGAUGCUUUUGCUGCUCUUGAAAAUGGAUACACUUUGCGCAGGUCGAAUGAAACUGACUUCGAGCUGUACUUUUGUGGACGCAAGCAAUUUUUCAAGUCUAACUAUGCAGACCUAGAUUCAAACUCAGAUGACUUUGACCCUGCUUCCACCAAGAGCAAGUAUGACUCUCUGGAUUUUGAUAGUUUACUGAAAGAAGCUCAGAGAAGCUUGCGCAGGUAACAUGUUCCCUGGCUGAAGAUGACAGAGGGACGGUGAAUACCUCACGGGACAGCGCGUCCUUCCCUAACUGACUAUUGCAAGUCAUACUUAGGAAUUUCUCCUACUUUACACUCUCUGUAUAAAAACAAAACAAAACAACAACAAUACAACAAGAACAACAACAACAAUGGUUUACAUGAACACAGCUGCUGAAGAGGCAAGAGACAGGAAGGAUAUCCAGUAAGCACGUUUAUUCAUGGGUGUCAACUUUGCUUUCCCUGGAGUCUCUUGGUGACGGAGUGUGUGUGUGUGUGUGU